CGUCUGCACUGCCGCAGGAGGCCGUCCGGGCCCGGCGAACCGAACCAAUGCUGGACCUGGAGGUGGUGCCUGAACGCUCUCUGGGGAACGAGCAAUGGGAAUUCACGCUGGGAAUGCCUCUGGCUCAAGCAGUAGCCAUUCUUCAGAAGCACUGUCGCAUCAUCAAAAAUGUCCAGGUUCUCUACAGUGAGCAGUCUCCUCUAAGCCAUGACCUCAUCCUUAACCUGACUCAGGACGGGAUCAAACUACUGUUUGAUGCUUUCAAUCAGAGACUUAAGGUGAUUGAAGUAUAUGACUUGACUAAAGUAAAGUUAAAAUAUUGUAGAGUGCAUUUUAACUGUCAGGCCAUAGCUCCUACCAUUGAGCAGAUUGACCAGUCUUUUGGCGCAACUCAUCCUGGAGUGUACAACUCCGCUGAGCAGCUCUUCCACCACAACUUCAGAGGACUGUCUUUCUCUUUCCAGUUAGAUUCCUGGACUGAGGCUCCCAAGUAUGAGCCCAAUUUUGCCCACGGUCUAGCUUCUCUCCAGAUACCCCAUGGAGCAACUGUAAAACGGAUGUUCAUCUACAGUGGAAACAGCCUACAGGAUACCAAGGCUCCUGUGAUGCCCCUGAGCUGUUUCUUGGGCAAUGUGUAUGCUGAGAAUGUAGAUGUUCUUCGAGAUGGAACAGGACCCUCAGGUUUACGACUUCGCCUACUUGCUGCAGGUUGUGGACCUGGCCUUUUAGCAGAUGCCAAGAUGCGGGUAUUUGAACGUUCAGUGUAUUUUGGUGACUCCUGCCAAGAUGUUCUUAGCAUGCUUGGCUCUCCACACAAAGUCUUCUAUAAGUCAGAGGACAAGAUGAAAAUUCAUUCUCCUUCCCCUCAUAAACAAGUUCCAUCUAAGUGCAAUGACUACUUUUUUAACUACUUCACUCUCGGGGUGGACAUCCUCUUUGACGCAAAUACACACAAAGUGAAGAAGUUUGUCCUGCACACCAAUUACCCUGGGCAUUAUAAUUUCAACAUUUAUCAUCGCUGUGAGUUCAAGAUCCCACUAGCCAUAAAGAAAGAAAAUGCAAUUGGUCAGACAGAAAUAUGCACAACAUACAGCAAGUGGGACAAUAUCCAGGAGCUCCUAGGCCACCCUGUAGAGAAGCCUGUUGUCCUGCACAGAUCCUCCUCUCCAAACAACACCAAUCCAUUUGGCUCCACAUUCUGCUUUGGUCUCCAACGAAUGAUCUUUGAAGUCAUGCAGAACAACCACAUUGCCUCAGUGACUCUGUAUGGCCCUCCUAGGCCUGGUACCCACCUGAGAACAGCAGAGCUCCCCUAG